AUGAAUCUACUCUAGAGAUAUAACUAUGCGUUAAACAAGAGACCUUUCCUCACAAAGAUGGCUACAAGUGGUACGCUAGGAGCAGUCGGAGAUCUUCUCUGCCAAUACUUAGAAAAAAAAUACUAAAUUUCACAAACAAAUGAAUGGAAUGUAAAGAGGACGUUUAACUUUGCAGCAAUGGGAGCAUUUUUCAGUGCCCCAAUUCUUCAUUUUCACUUCACAAAACUCUUGCCUUUUAUUGCCCCUAAGAAAAGUAGUAUGGCCUUAUCAAAGAAGCUAAUAGUUGAUCAAUUGAUUGUCUCACCUAUCUUUAUGGCUGGCUGGUUUACAACUAUAAAUUUACUUGACGGUAAUGGAUUGAAUAGAUCUUACGAGGACUUAAAAAUUAAAUUUAUUCCUACCAUGACAGCACAUUGGAAAGUUUGGCCAGCUGUAAACUUUGUAAAUUUCUUGUUCAUACCCAUUUAAUACCAAGUCCUAUUUGCAAACAUGGUCUCAUUGUUUUUUAAUUCCUACCUCUCCUAUAUGCACAAUUCAUAUAAGGGAGAUGGAAGUGUAAAUAUUUAACUCAAGAAGAAAACCCUAUCUUAAACCGUAUGA